AGGGUAGGUCGGACGCAGGCGCAGAAAGCCCCGCCGUCCGCCUCGCGGUCGCCCUGACUUGCGAGCGCAUGGAGGGGCGCGCGAGCCCCCUGGGCGAGCCCCGUGUCCGCCCCCGGGCUGUGCUGUGCCGCGGCCCCGUGGAGCCGCUCGUCUUCCUUGCCAACUUCUCCUUGGUCCUGCAGGGCCCGCUCACCACGCAGUACCUGUGGUACCGCUUCAGUGCCGACCUCGGCUACAAUGGCACCCGCGACCGCGGUAGCUGCAGCAACCACAGCGUGAACCCCACCAUGCAGGAAGUGGAGACGCUUACUUCCCACUGGACCCUCUACAUGAACUUGGGCGGCUUCCUGGUGGGACUCUUCUCAUCCACCCUGCUGGGGGCUUGGAGUGACUGUGUGGGCCGCCGCCCGCUGCUGGUGCUGGCCUCUCUGGGCCUGUUGCUCCAGGCUCUGGUGUCCAUCUUUGUGGUGCAGCUGCAGCUACACGUGGGCUACUUCGUGCUGGGCCGCAUCCUAUGUGCCCUCCUCGGCGACUUCAGUGGCCUCCUGGCUGCUAGCUUUGCCUCCGUGGCAGAUGUCAGCUCCAGCAACAGCCGAACCAUCCGAAUGGCCCUGCUGGAAGCAUGCAUCGGAGUGGCAGGGAUGCUGGCGAGCCUCCUUGGGGGCCACUGGCUCCAGGCCCAGGGUUAUGCCAACCCCUUGUGGCUGGCCUUGGCCUUGCUGAUAACCAUGACUCUCUAUGCUGCUUUCUGCUUUGGUGAGACGAUGAAGGAGCCAACACCUGCCCGGCUCUUCACGCUCCGUCACCACCGAUCCAUUGUCCAGCUCUACAUGGCGCCAGCCCCGGAGAAGUCCAGGAAGCAUUUAGCCCUGUACUCACUGGUCAUCUUUGUGGUGAUCACUGUGCACUUUGGGGCCCAGGACAUCUUGACCAUCUAUGAGCUGAGCAAACCCCUCUGCUGGGACUCCAAGCUGAUUGGCUACGGUUCUGCGGCUGGCCACCUCCAGUACCUCAGCAGCCUGCUGGGCCUGCGGCUUCUGCAGUCCUGCCUGGCUGACGCCUGGGUGGCCGAGAUUGGCUUGGCCUUUAACAUCUUGGGGAUGGUGGUCUUUGCGUUCGCUACCAUCACACCCCUUAUGUUCACAGGAUAUGGGCUCCUCUUCCUGUCAUUAGUCAUCACACCCAUUAUCCGGGCCAAGCUUUCCCGGCUGGUGAGGAAGUCAGAGCAGGGUGCUCUCUUUUCUGCUGUGGCCUGUGUGAAUGGCUUAGCCAUGCUGACGGCCUCAGGUGUCUUCAACUCGCUCUACCCAGCCACGCUGAACUUCAUGAAGGGGUUCCCCUUCCUCCUGGGAGCUGGCCUCCUCUUCAUCCCGGCCAUUCUGAUUGGGGUGCUGGAAAAGGAUAAUCCUCGCUCUGAAUUCCUGUAGUUUCCCCAGAGCCCCUGAUCUGCCUGGACCAGAGGACAGAGGGCAAGAGGAGCGAAAUGAGCAGUAAUCAACUGGAAGUAUGCGUCUGGGACCCCACCCACAGCAGCACCAGCAGCUCCCCUCAAAGGCAGGAUUCACCUUGGAUAAGGGGGCCCCCACCUCAUCCAGAGCUGUGUCAGCCUAUGACUCGAGGAUGUAUCAUUGUAACCAGACAGUCUGACUCCAGGGCAGGCAGUGGGGGAGCCAUUUGGAACAGGGCUCUGUUUACCCUUUAUGCCAUCAAUCACAUAGAACCCUCCAGGGGAGAGGAGAGGUUCUGAUGGAGGUGACCCGUCAGGGACCAGCUGAAGCGUGAGGGCUGGCAUCUCUGCUUCCAACCCAAACUGCACAGCUCGCAGUGUGCAGUUCACGGCGUGCAGCCACCGGUCACUCCUUAAUGAUGAAGACUUGGAGGGGAGGAAAGGCUGUGGGCGUGGGGGGGACAGUGCUACUGACCAGGUGGGUUUAGCAGUGCCAAUCACAAUAAAGCAGUAUAAGCACACUGAAAUGACCCUUCUGGCUCCCAGAGUAUUGGGCUGUGGGGCCCUUUAUAUUCCUGUUCCCAGUGUGCCCCCCAUAGGUCAGACAGGCAGCCGCUGGGCUGUGCAGAAGCCCCUGAGCUGCCAUGGGAUUGGUCCUGGGCAUGGCCGGCCCAGACCUCAUCUGACUGCCCACUCUCUUCUGAGCUGCUGGAAGAGGGAGGGCUGCCGCCACACUUGCAUCAAGCCAGGCAGAGGCUCAGAGCAGAGCCUUGGCUGCUCGUUACUGAGGGUCAGAGAUUCGCUUCCUAAAGGCACCUACGUGUAUACUGGUCUUCCUGGCUACAACAGCCCCAGCAGAAUCCGUUUUUGUUAUCCCUUAGCCCUUCAACACCUCCCCUCACCAGGUAUUUCAGCUGUGCCAUGUGCUGAGACCAUCCCUCGUGCAUCUGUAAGGCAACGGGAACCUGGAGAUGGGCCUGACUCCUCAUAGCAUUCAGGGGCUCCAGCUUCCCAGAGAAUAAGGAGGCCUCUUCUAGGUUGUAAGGAAAGCCAGGACCUGACGUUGAAAGGCAGAAUUGGAUUCAAUAUUAAGGCACUGGCUUUGAUGAGAGCCAUAAGCCCCCAAACCCAAAUCAGGUGGUACUUAACCCCUUCAAACCAGGAUUGGUCACCGGGCUUCGCCCCCUACUGCCAUUUCUACCCUCAUUCUCUCACCAGCCCUGCCAGCCAGUUUUCUGACUGGAAAUUAUGCAAGUAAAAUGGGUGGUGGGGGUGCCUAGGGCAAACCAGGGUCAGCUGUGGCCUCUGCAGCCAGGGCCUGUUUCCAGAUUCCCAUCUCAGUCCCCUCCGCCAUUGGGAGAACAUCAAGGAGAGGGCCCUCCACUGACUCCUGCAUGAGGUGGGAGCCGGUGAGGGAAGAGGCUCUGGACCGGCCUCAGGCCUGGGCCUACUCCAGGCGCUGCAUCUCUUCUCCUGUGACCUUGAGCAAGCCCCUUGGAAGGGCUACUUCAGCAGUGCCCCAAAUUGUCUGAUCAUGCUUGGACAAAGUUAGGAAACACUGAAUUAAAUAAUGUUCUGAGAUCCUUUCCACCCUUA